AUGGCGAUCCUUCCACGUUAUUACUGCGAUUACUAUGGCAACUGCUACGGCAACAACUGGGACCGCUGGGGUCGCUGGGUAGCAUUCGCAGUCAUCGUCGGCUGCGCAUUCCUGCUCUUUUUCGGUUUCGCCUGCUUCAACGCCCGUCGCCGCCGUCGUCACGGUCAACGUCCCUACACUGGAACCGCCUGGAUGGCACCACCCCCGGGUCCUCCUCCUCCAAACCAACCCUACUACCAACAACCCUACGGAGUCGAACCCAAUUUCCCUGCGCAACCGCCGCCCCAAUACUCUGCGAACCCCCAGCAGUACGGCUACUUCGGUGCUCAAAACCCACCUCAGCCACAGCAGAAUGGCAUCGAGCUGCAAUCACCCCCGAACGCGCACUACGCAGCCGGACCUGGAGCCCGCGAGUACGCCCCCCUGAAGGACCACCACCAGCUAAGGCCUGAGCGACACAUAGAAACAGGGGCAUGA